CCUCAACUACUUCAUAUUCAUUCAAAUAAUAAAAAACAAGAAUGCUCUCCAAAUCGCUCUUCUUGUUGGCCAUCAUCAGUUCGGCCGUCUUUGCUGAGGUCUACAAUCCUCCAAUCACAUUUCCCAAGAAAGGGGAUGUAUUCAAGGCUGGAGAGACCAUCACUGUUUUGUGGGAUACUACCGAUUUGCCUCCUAAUAUCCCCAAUAAAGGGAUGAUCCUACUCGGUCGACUGACUGCAGAUAGUGAGAAUCUAGAUGUGAAGCAUCCGCUUGCAAAGGGGUUCUGGUUGACAGAAGGAAGCUACAAUAUCACGUUCCCAGCUAAAGCUAAGACAGCUCAUAAUUAUAUUCUCGCUCUUCUUGGUGAUUCAGGCAACAUUAGCAAAACUUUCACUAUCUGUGGAAAGUCCAAAUAAAG